AUGGAGGAAGUAAUUGAAAAAUUGACAAAAGAGAGGGAUUAUUACGACGCUAUGGCUAAAUACAACAUGGAAGAUAUUAUAAGACUCGCAGGGGAACGCGACAUACUGUCAGAGGAGUUACGUAAAUUUCGCGUACAAUCUUCUUCUCCUAGAAAGGCAUUGGGACAAUUUAGCAACAUCUGGGAUGAUAGUUUGUGGGACAGUGAUAGUUUCAAUAGAUUUGAAUUGUUGAGGGCGGAUAUUUUCAGCUGGAGUAAGAGAGAAGUAAAAGAGCUCUCUCAUUUAGAUGAUAUCCAGGACCGCGACCGUGAAUUAUUUUUCGGAGAAGCAGCGAAAGUAGUCCUUCUGGAUGGAUCGGAUAAGCAGGAAUUUCCAAACAGUCUUCGGGGACGUCGUAGAACAUUGCUACAUGUUCUUGGCGCUCUGCUUACCCAUCAUUUAUAUGCGACUGUCUUUUCCGAUCCUUUCUUCUUCUUGGGUGAAGAAACAUCACAAAUCCUCAAUGAUAUCAUGUCGUUGGGCAACAGUUGGAAUCUGGGUCAUGCCCAACGUUGGCGUGGGGACACCUUAAGACUGAUCCAUCCACUACAUAAGACUCCAGAUGAAACAAUGGUCAAAUCAGAAACAAAUAAGCUGUUGCGCAACGCAGCAGUCUCCGGAGCCACAAAAUUUAUGCGGAGUCCCGCGAAAUAUAUUAUGAACAAUAACCCGGAUGCACUCCAGGGACUUGAGGGUUUGUAUAUCAAGGCCGCUGAGCACGCGUACCUAAUUUGGUGUAGGAGACCAAUGAUAAAGCUCCUUGACUCCACUAGCUUCUUGGGCCAGCCAUAUGAUCCUCACAAUAGCGAAAUGGUAUUACACCGUACGGUCGCUAGCGGUGGCGGUAUCGAGCCACAGGGACAGCCAAUAUCUUUGGUUACAUCGCCUGCGAUCCUAAGAUAUGGGCUUCGCGUGGCAGAUGAUGGUAUAUAUGAAGAGAGAUGGUGGCAUGAGGUGUACGGGUAUCAACGUGCAUGUGUGUGGGUUCAUCUUCCUAGGCCUGAGGAACUUGACAGUGAUGAGGAAGACUUCACACCAAUGGCUCUGUCUCCCCCACCCGAACAAUUGAAAGACUUGAAGCCAGUAACUUUUCCUCGCCGAAGUGAUUUGAGCGUAGAAGAUCUAGGUGAAAGAAUGCUUAAGCGUUUCGAUAGAGUGACUUUGCUUGACCUCGUCAAACCCUACCUAGACGACCUCGCUGAACAGCUAAGGCCUGUGCUAGAAGGGCUACGCGAGGAAAUAGCGCAACGAAUUGAAGAGCGCGACGAAAUGGAAAAGCAAAGAGACGAGUUCAGAAGCAAGUACCGCGAGGCUCUUCAAUCAAUAGAGCGCCUCAAAUCUGGGAUGUGA